AGUGGGCGUGUCCUGAUGUGUGGUCCAUCUUUCAGAGACUUUGUGGAGCACAACUACGUGACCCUAAAGAAGUCCAACCCAGACUUCCCCAUCCUGAUCCGGGAGUGUUCUGGAGUCCAGGCCCGGCUCUGGGCCCGAUACGAGCUGGGGACAGAGAGGAGCGUCUCCGUGGACAACAUGUCAGCGGAUCAGAUCGCCAUCACUCUGCAGAACCUGGUCGGGUCCAAACCUUAAGCCCCGCCCCCUCUCAGCCAACCCCCUCAGUGUGUAGAUCUGAAUAAAGAUGUAGCUGGUUCUGA